GGCUAAGAUCAAGUGUAGUAUCUGUUCUUAUCAGUUUAAUAUCUGAUAUGUGGGCCAUGCGCCCACUUCGAUAUUAAAUUUAUUUUUUGUGGGGGAGGGACCACCACAGUGGCUUGCCACUGGGUCCCUCGAGCGUCGCCUAGGCGUUGCACUGCUGCUCAGGCCUGGCGCACCCCAACCAAUUCUAAGGGCCUGUUUGGUAGGGCUUAUUGGGCGGCUUCUGGAGAAGCCGUACCAAACGCCCUUCCAAAAAACGGCUUCUCUCGCGAAGCACCCGUGAAGCCGUUUUCCAAUUUGUACUGGGGAGGAGAAGCCCAAAAAACCAGCUCCCCGCGGCUUCCCCUCCAUCCGCGCCCCCCAUGUUACCAAAUUACCCUUCGACUCUUCUUCUGGUAGCGCCUCCUCCGGUCUGGUCUGGCGGCGGCCGGCAUGGACCCUCCUCCGGCGGCGGGAAACUUGGAUCCGGCGGUCGAAAGGGGUAGAUCCGGUGGUGGGCUCCAAGAUGCGCCAAGCGGAGGGUCCAACGGCGCGCCGUAUGUGUCCGGCGGAGGGGCUGGCGGCGCCCCGUUCUUGUGGCCGGGAGGCCCGCCGACGGGUCCCCUGGGUGCCCUCCUGGCCGCCGCAGGAGUGCCUCCCGGCAUGGUGGCGGGCGCAUGGCCUGGAGGCGCAGCAACCGCGGCGGGCCAGCCACCGGCGCAGCAACCGGCCAUCCCAGCCGCGGCGGGCCUGGCCGCCGGCGCGUGGCCCGGCAUCCCCGGCGCAUGGCCCGGCGUCCCCAGCGCGGGGCCAUCAGCUUCCCAGGCCUCCGGCAUCCCCAACGCCGCCAUGCCCGGAGGAUGGCCGGAGUGGUGGGCCGGAGCAGCGGCGGCGGCUCUAGGGCCGGAUUGGCUCCGUGCCGAUCCUCAACAGGAGACAGCUUCACAGGAGGUUGGAGGCAAUGACGAGCGGCUGCCGGUUCGGGUCACCUCUGGUCCAGUUCGGAGCUCCUCAACUCGUCGGCGAGGUACCCGCGCACCUAGGCCACCACCGGCGGCUAGGACAGCUACUGCUCCUGCAUCUGUGGACGUCGACCUCACCGAUCCAAGGAGAAGCCGUUUUGCCAAACACUUUUCAGAAUGGCUUCAGCUUCACCAGAGAAGCUGUUUCACCAGAGCAGCCACAGCCGCAGCCGUUUCAGCCACAGCCACAGCCCUACCAAACAGGCCCUAA